AGGAGAGUUGGCGGGGCUGAUGAGGAGGCGAGGAGGCUUGUUGCUCCUUGCUUGCCUGGCCUCUUGCUCAGCUGCUGCAGGAGACGCCCAGCAGGACACGAGAGCAGGGCAGGCCGACCAUGGCAGCCAGCAGAAACGAGCUCUGAGUGCUGAAGAACAGAGGGUGGUGAUGAAUGCGAUGUAUACGGCGUUGCUGUCCUUCAAGGCGGUCCUGGCUGUGAUCGUCUUCAUCAUCCUCGGCAUCAACGGCGCCUGUUGUCUCUGCCCAAAGAGCGAACAGGAGCGACUCGCUGAACUCCUGGAAAGGCAGAACGGAGGGAAGCGGCAAACCUUCUGCCAGAGGGUCAGGAGCUGGUUGUUCUCCUCGAGGCAAACUACAAGGACUGAGUGAGAUGUCCGAUGUCUCUGCUUCAUGUGAAGAACGGAGCAACUGCGAGGAUGUGCCGGAGCCAUGCCAUUAUCUCCCCCGAUUACCGAGCUCAGCCAAUCGCUGGGCCAGUGGAGCUCAAGAAACCAGGGAACACUGUCCCACCCCCACAGGAGCUUGAUGUAUCACAAGAGUACCAGAAGGGGAGCAUCUUUCAUUUACAUCACUGUUGAUUCGUUCCUCUCUUAUUCUCCAUGAGCCGACGAAAACGACUACAGAUAUUCAGUGACUCGAAGUGUCUCGAAGUGACCACUUUCAAGUUUUGAACUCGG